AGUGAACUAACAACCACUUCCCACAUGAAAAAGUACCAAAACAAAGAUCCACAUCCAAUAUUUUCCGAUUACAAGGCAUCUUGGGACACAAACAAAACUGUCUGGGAGAAACAGACAGCUAGUGCGCGAGAGCGGAAGGAAACAGGGAGCACGAGUUGCUCAGAAUGAGGGAGAGUGAAGGGGGCGUGAGCUAAAAAAAAAAAAAAACAAAAAAAAACAGGCACGCGCCACCACGGUUUUGAUAGUUUGCGGUAUGGUGAACGCGCACGUGAAAAUUGUCAGGACUUGUGCCUUCCAGUGAAUUUUACGGUUUUGCUUCUAUAUGGAUCCUUAUGCGCGUUAAGCACUUUGUAACUGUAACUCCCCCUGCUGAGGCCGUGGUGGUAUGUGUUGAAGGGAGUCUACGCUUUACUUCUACUUUCGGUGGGUUGUGGCAUUGCUGCAAGGCCGAGGAUUUGGGCCAGAGGAGCAGGCCAAGCAUAAGGUGCGCGAAAAGGGGACCGGCGGCAGGCUGCGCCUGAAAUUGGUCAUUAUUCAUCAGUGCACUUCCCUGGUUCACUGAGUGAAAGAAAAAAACACCUGUGGCAUACCAGCCGUUACCUUUGACCCCCCCCCCCCCAAAUAUCCCAAUUGUGACCUACUGUGAUGCACAUAGGCAAAGCAGGACACUAAUUUGGUAUUUUCAUGGUGGCCAGCAGAGGAAUGUCAAAGGAAGCUGACUGCCAUUAUGUCCUUGUCUUUGACUGUUAUUUGGUGCAGUUCUGUCCGGUUACUGAUUUCAUUCAGAGAUGUUCUAAAACCUGGCAUUCCUUGUGAGUUCGGAACACGUUGAUCAAAAUGGGUGUUAAAACAUUUACCCACAGUUCUCCAGUUCACUGCCAGGAGGUAUUGGGAAAGCUCAACAUUUUACGCAAUGAAGGGCACUUUUGUGAUGUGACCAUCCGUGUACAAGAUAAACUUUUCAGAGCUCAUAAAGUAGUACUGGCAGCAUGUAGUGAGUUCUUCCGCUCCAAACUUACUAGUUAUUCAGAAGAUGAUGGAAAGAGCGUACUGGAUUUGCAUCAUGUAACUGUUACAGGCUUUAUGCCCCUUUUAGACUAUGCCUACACUGCAACCCUUUCUAUUAACACUGAGAAUAUUAUUGAUGUCUUGGCAGCAGCAAGCUAUAUGCAGAUGUUCAGUGUAGCAAGUACCUGCUCAGAGUUCAUGAAGUCUAGUAUUCUUUGGAAUACUUGCAGUACUCAGCAAGACAAAACGCCAGAAAGUGCCCAAGAGAACACCACAGUCUGUAACUUUGCUUCACAAGAAGGCAGUGUGUCUCCUGUGUCUUCAGAGUGCAGUAUGGUGGAAAGAACUAUACCUGUUUGUAGAGAAUCACGUCGCAAACGUAAAAGCUACAUUGUGAUGUCACCUGAAAGUCCAGUCAAGUGUGGCGCACAAAUGUCCCCUCAAGUACUCAAUUCUUCAUCUUCAUAUUCUGAGGGAAGAAGUCAAGCUGUAGAUUCCUCUUUGUCUUUCCCAUGGACCUUUCCCUUUGGAAUUGAUCGAAGGCUUUCAUCAGAAAAGCCUAAACCAACCGAGGGUUCUCGGCCUUUGGAACAGGCUGGCCCUUCUGAAGCAGUGAGAAGAGUAACUGAGUAUGUUGCUUGUGAAAGCACAAAAGCUGUUUCACCCUUGGUAAUUGAAGAAGAUGUGAGGGUCAAAGUUGAAAGGUUAAGUGACGAAGAGGUUCAUGAGGAGGUGUCGCAGCCUGUCAGUGCUUCCCAGAGUUCUCUGAGUGAUCAGCAGACUGUUCCAGGUAGUGAACCUGUUCAGGAAGACCUUCUGAUCAGUCCACAGUCCUCCUCUAUAGGUUCAAUAGACGAGGGUGUCACAGAAGGAUUACCAACGCUUCAGGGUACGUCCGCUGCUGGUACAGUUGCUGAAGAUGAUGAUAGGUUGGAGAAUGUACAGUAUCCCUACCAGCUUUACAUAACUCCCUCCACGAGUACAGAGCGACCCAGUCCCAAUGGCCCUGACCGACCUUUCCAGUGUCCAACUUGUGGGGUGAGGUUUACUCGUAUUCAGAACCUGAAACAACAUAUGCUGAUUCAUUCAGGCAUUAAACCUUUUCAGUGUGACCGCUGUGGAAAAAAAUUCACCCGGGCGUACUCACUAAAGAUGCACCGCCUGAAGCACGAAGGUAAACGCUGUUUCCGGUGCCAGAUAUGUAGCGCCACUUUCACUUCCUUUGGGGAAUAUAAGCACCACAUGCGGGUUUCACGGCACAUAAUCCGCAAGCCCCGAAUUUACGAGUGCAAAACCUGUGGCGCCAUGUUCACCAACUCUGGAAAUUUAAUCGUACAUCUGAGGAGCCUAAACCAUGAAGCGUCAGAGCUAGCAAACUACUUCCAGAGCAGUGACUUCCUAGUACCGGACUAUUUGAAUCAAGAGCAAGAGGAGGCACUUGGCCAGUAUGAACUUGGUGACCAUGGCUUUGACAGUGGUUCCUCUGUGCAGAUGCCAGUCAUAUCACAGGUGUCAUCGACUCAGAACUGUGAAAGCACUUUCUCUUUGGGGCCACUGGGAGGGCUAACUGAAAAAGACGAGGAAGAGGAGGAGGAGGAGGAGGAAGUACCAGAACAACCAAAGACUAGUAGCAGUUCGGAUGGGGGAGGAGACGACACCCCAAAAGAUGAGCUCACUGCGGUUACAGUUGGGUGAUGCAUACAUAAGUGGCCUGAGUGGAAAGUGCCUGUCCUUGGUCCAGUGUGUUUUUUACAUUUUGGGAGAUUUGCUCUUCAUACUUUAUGAAUUUUGGCUUUAGUCAAACUACAGCAUUUCAAUGUUCACAUCACAGAUGUAAAAAGCUCUUGUUCUCACCAGCUGCAGGUCUCUGUAGAUCUUGCUUUUGUGGAAGCAAAGAUGACUUUCAAAAAUCAUUUAGCUGAUGGGAAUUGAAACUUCGCACUACCAUUUUUUUUUAUUUGCCAGCAGUAUUUCCUUCAUUUUAAGGAUUCAUUUUUAUAGGACCCAUCUUGUUGAAUAAUCCUUUAUUUAUAGGGGAGGGUCAAAAAUGUUGUUAUUUUUUUGUUUUCUGGAUUUUAUUCACUGAUGGACAUUGAGUGAUGCUGGUUUGGGGGGUGCAUUUAGUACUGCCUCCCUCCAUUCUAGCAAGGGCUUUCUCUGCAUUGUGGAACUAGCCCAAAUUUUAAAUUUGGGAGAUAACCAUCUUUUCAAUUGAAACUAUCAGGAUAAAUCAAAAACUGAUUGUUUCAGUAGCAAAAUGGGAGUUUUUUUUUUUUUUUUUAAUAGUUUUAGUAUUCUUAGCUUGGUGUACAUUUGUAAGUAGUUUGUUUUAACUAAAACUAUUUUAAUCAAAACAGUAUACUGAUCGGUUUUUAAAAGUGAGUAGAUAAUUAUUUACCCUUUAAGUUAACAUUUUAUUAUGUUGGUCGUUCCAGUUAUGAGAAUGUGAUCCCAUACUUAGUGCAGCAAUGAGGAGUCCCUUUUUAAAUUUGUCAUCCUUACUGUCAAAGGUAUAGGUUUGGCAAGUGUAUUGAGGACAUUCUUGGCCAUGAGUUUUUGUGGUCCCACCCUGAGAGCUUCAUGAAUGCUGAAGGUUUCGUAGGUGCUUUUCACCAUCCAUACAGCUGCAGCACCCAUUCCAGUCCCAGUUUUCUAGUGAAUUGUGUGUGCUACCUCGUGGAAUUGUCUAUAACACAUUGAACACUUUAAUUAUUAUUGAAUUCUACCCUACCUUUGUAUGUCUUCCCUGAGUAGGGACUUCAGCUGUACAAUCUGCAGGGCUUGAAAAUGUAUUGCAGGAAUUUGCACUGAAGAGGGAAUACAGUGGUAAAUUUACUGUACCUAUUACAAAGCGUAUAUGUUCAACAGUCAUUGCUUUACAUUGCAAAGAUCACUUUAUUAUCUUGUAUAACUGUUGCCAAUGUCUUUCCCCUGUUUUCUGUGUCCUGUUCUUAGUUUUGUUGCCUUUUGAUUCAUUAGAAUGGUUUUACAACAGUGCUACCUAGCUCUUGUAAUUUCUUUCAGAAUAGAUAUCGUUGGGCACCUGAGGACUCAAGUUUGCUGAUUUGAAGUGCAGCAAAUGACAUUGAAUGUGGAUACGCAGUCUCAAACCAGGAUUAUACAGGUUACUUCUGGAAGAGUAAGAUAAUUUGCCCUGACAUUAAAUGUACUCUGCAACGGGUAACUGUUGUGAUUUCAUCUUCUGCUGUCCCUAGCUCAGCACAGUGUUGAAAAUCACAUACUGAUGUCUCUUUCCAGGUAGUAGGGUGUUUCUCGUCAUUUUUUACUGGUUAUAUAUUUCAAAUCUCAAACCUAAUGUACAUGUUUGCAAAGUUCCCUUGUGAGAUGCUGAAGAAGCCAAGGCUGGAAAUGAGGAGAUAAUCGUAUUGUAAACUUAGGCCCUACAUCUGUACUGUUUGAACUUCCUUGGUGAGGUACAUAAUGUCAGUUGCAGUCGUAGAUGUUGGCAGUGCAGGCCAGCCACUAGCAGGCGAAGGCAUAAGAUCAUCACCAAAGAUACAAUUGCUGGUUAAUAGAAAGGCUUCUCACAUGAUUCUAAGUUUGGGGUCAUAUAGAAAGGAGAAACUUGGGGAUUUUGAUAUCUUACAUUGGUCAGUGUCUUCGGUGUUCAGCACUGCAACUACCUGUGGUUCUGCAUGAUUGAUCAGCAUCUUCAGUGUUCAUCACUGCAGCUACCUCUAGUUCUGCAUGAUUGGUAACAGUCUUCAUACCUCUAAUUCUGCAUGCCACCUGCUCUUCCUCCUCUUGCAAGGGGUUGAGUUUGUGUCCAUUUGUGGCAAACUGUGUGUGCAGCAAAUAACUAUCCUUUGCAGCCACGUUUAGAAAUGACUCUGUCUGUGCUUCCCAUGCUUCACAAUUUAACAGUCACCCGGCUGGCACUGCGCAAAUUCCUGUGCUUCUACUGAAGUCUUGAUGAUAGAAACAAUUUUGGGCCUUCUAAUUAGAUGUCUUCCCCAAAGGACAGAAAAAAAGUCCACAGACAAGAAUUGAGGUGACAGGUCUUUGUGAUGAAAUAUUGCCAUAAGGCAAGGGUUCCCAAACUGUGCAUCGCAGCACCCUGGGGAGCCGCGGCUUCCUCACAGGGGCGCCACAAAGCUUAGCUGAUUUGU